CAAUGAACUGAAAAUAGUUUAUUUUACCUACCCUUUCUAUAACUAAUAAAAUCGAUCGUGUAGCAAUUUAAUAAAUAAAUCGUGUUAGAAAAUAGAAAUAUUUUGUUUUUGGUCGCGUCGGGUUGACAUAUUUUGUAAAAAUUAAAAUGUGAAUGUCAAUUCAAUAAAUGGCGGAUUUAGGCAAAUGUGAAUGUGUUGAACCGCGUAUGUUAUCAUAAUUAAAUUAAAGUUCCAAAAGUGAAUUAAAAUAUAGGUAUCUAAUUUAUUGUAGCGGUUUAUAAAUUCCACGACAUCCUUAAAUUUCCAAAAUGUCUCGAUCAGCGCGUGCGGACACAAGAAACAGAGUCAAAGAUGAUAUCAAAAGAGUCAUGCAAGCUGUUGAAAAAGUUCGCCAUUGGGAGAAAAAAUGGGUGACGAUUGGUGAAACCACCAUGAAGAUAUAUAAAUGGGUGCCGAUAUCGACGAAUGAACAGAAGAAAAAGCAUGCCGCUAAACGGGAAAAUAAAGAAAACACUUUGACUCCAAAAAAGAUGCACGAUUCCUCGAACUCAAACUUCGGAAUGGCUGAAGAUUCCAAUACAUGUUUCUCCACUGUGAGUGACUCCCAAGGGCCAACAGAUUUCGCAUCAUCCCACAUGAACUUUUCCGAGGACUCCAAUUCGCAGAGUAGUGGGACGACAACACCAGCGAAACGGUUAAAAACGGACUGAAGGAAUAAGACAGACUGUUCAGAUUCAGUGAUAAUUUAUUUUGAAGUGAUUCAAGUGAGUGGAUGUUAUGUUACUAUAAAGUACAAUGUUUAUUAUUUAAGAUAUUUCAAAUAAGUUGGCGUAUUUUAUGAUUAUAACAACGCAACCAGCGUAAAUAUUGUGAAGGUGUAGUGUUCUCUUGUAUUUGAUUUCUUGAGUUUAAUGUCUCCUCUACACUACUCGCGAAGUUGAACGAGGUUAGACGAAUAGAAUAAUGUAGAGAGGCAGUUCGGCUUACUUCGUCCAACUUUACCUCGCCUCGGCCGAUUUCCGUUUGUUGUUGGUUUUUGCGCCCCAUAGUCAAAUGGCACGAAGUUACCCAAAGUGCGUUCGGAAUAUGAUAGAAUGCGCUCCUCACGAAGUUAAACGAGUGUGUAGUGUAGCACCGCGGACUUCAGUCAACUUCGGCCGAGUACUUCGCCGAGGAACUUCGCCGAGGAACUUCGCGAGUAGUGUAGAGGAGGCAUUAGAAAUGAAUUAUUGAUUUGGAUAUGAUUCAUAAUAUUGACCCAAUACUGUGAUUCUGACUGAUAACAUUCUGUAAAAUAUCUAAAAUUGCAGUAGUAAAUAGUAAUAUAAUAUGACAUAAAUUUCAUUUUAAUUCAAUUUAAAAUUCAAUAUAUUAAGUCUACAAAUUGUGCAAUGAUGAAUUUGCUGUAUAUUAUAUAUUCUAAUGUAAUUUAUGAUAAAAUGAGUUUUCAAGUAAUGUUUGGAUGCAUAAUCUAAGUAGGUAGUCCAUGUUUUCAAAACGUUAUAGUGGACGUCCAAUGAAUUAUGCCAAAAUGUCACACAUUUUAUUAUUAUUUUACACAAUUAUAAUUCAGUGUAUUUAUUUUACAAUAUUUGACUAUAUUUUGCCAAUAAUUUUAUUGCACACUGUGUGACUAAGAAAUGGUUGCAUUUACACUGCCAGAGUAAAUAAAUACACACAAGUAGGCAUAGGUGAAGAU